AUUAGACUUUAUUCUAGUGUAUGUAUCUACCAGUUAUGGAUGUGUGCCGUUAAUUAAGUCUGUUACUCAGUCUGUUGAUUCAUCGUUAGCACCGAUAUUAGCAUGAAUACAAGGGGUGGGGUUUACAGAGUGUUGUCGGGUUUUAAACCAGUAUUUAUCUGGUUAGCCUUUAAGGUAGACAUCUCAGACCGUGGUGCAGCGGAAUGAUUGUCUCAAUAAAGUUGUUGGGAUAUAAAUGAAACAUGUAAACAUUGAUUUUCUUUGUCACUACACUACAACGGUUCCGAAUGUUUCUACUUCCGGUCCUCUCUGUGUGUGUGUGCGGUCAGGAGAGCCAGUUUAACAGCAGCCAGUCAGCCCUCACUGGUUAGAUACAGUGUUUCUCCAGCCUGUUGUGCACCUACAUCACAGUGAAUCUGCCGUUUGUCAGAUAUGGCCAACAUUCAACAGUCCACAGACGGCACGGACCGGUCCGACCUGGUUUCGGAAGAUGGCAAGAACAGCAAAACUGUGGUGUGUCAACGCUGCGGAUCCAAAGUGCUGUGUCCGGGGAUGGCUGUGUUCGCAGAGAAAGAGCUGUUCCUACCAUCCAUGCGGAAAAAGAGCGGCCUCAGCACCACGGAGGGCUCAGUGGACGGGGACACUCUGACCGCCCACUGGUUUGUGGACGACAUGUACACUUUUGAGAAUGUGGGCUUCACUAAGGACGUGGGGAGAAUCAAGUAUCUCAUCUGUGCAGAUUGUGAGAUUGGACCAAUCGGCUGGCACUGUUUGGAUGACAAGAAAAGUUUCUACGUCGCUGUAGAAAGGGUGAAUCACACAUAGUCUAAAUGCAUAUGUGAGCCCACAUGAACUUUAAAUAUUGUGUUGGCAGGCUAUGCAUCUUUUCAUGGAUUUACUCCCAGAGUUGAUCCCAACCUAAUCCAUCAUACAAACACUUACAUAUACUGGUUAGCGUACGUUGUUUAUUGUAACAGGACUGUGUCCCUCUCAUUCCCCCCUAUCACACUAACAACAGUAUGAUCAUCAUGUUCUAAUAAAGAUGUUUUUUGGGAAUCUGA